AUGGUGCGGCCGUCCUGUCGCCCUGAUUUGGAGCUUCCAAGACGGCCGAGGCCUCCCUCCACUCCACCGCCUGAGAGCAAAGCGCGCAGUCGGUCGCCGCGCGGCGACAGCCACAGGGGUACAUGGCAGACAGCGGUACCUCGCGACACGCGUGAGCCAAAGUCGUCCUCGUCGAGGCCACCAGCGCAGAGCCGCCAAACUGCAAAAGAGCCGGCCAAAGACGACCGGUCCUGGUGGUCGCAAGAGCAAGAAAAGACUUGGACGAAGAAGGAGGACUGGAGUUCUCACUCAAAGGAAGAGGACGAGAAGUGGACGAAGAACUCGUCCUGGAACUGGUCAGAGGGCUGGUCCGAGAAGUCAGACAAAGGUUGGUGGCGCAACAGCAAGAACAAGCACGGCACGCGCCAAGAUGGCUGGAACGGCUGGAAUGGUUGGAAGGAGAAGGACAAAGAGCUCUACGCCCAGGCAUACAUCUCGGACAUUCCCGUCGAGUUCGACGAGAAGCACUUGAACAAGAUGCAUGCAGAGUGCGGGAUCGCCGAGCAAGACUUCCCCGUUUCCAUCAAGUUUUUGCCCUCCAAGGACCAGACUGGCGAGACCUGCGCAUGCAUUGCCCGCUACCGCAGCAAAGACACUAUGGAGGAGGUGAUAAUGAGGAUGAACGGCCAGAACUUGAAGACCCGCAGUGGCAAACUCAAACGUGUAGGAGUCAGUGCGGCGAAGCCUGCUCGAUGGAUGGUGAAGGAAGGACUGGUGGCAGCGGAGACAGAUGAGAAUUCGACACCGCGAAAAGUUUCUGUUCAGAAUGUCCCGGUAACCUACACUGCGGCGGAUAUACUUCAAAUUCACAGAUCGGCGGGCUUCGAAGUCAAGGAGCUGCCAAACGUUCUCUUCCACGACCCAAAGCAAGCCGACGACGAGAUAUGCGCGGUGACCUGCAAGUACAGCGACGUCACCUACGCGCAGCGCGCCAUGCAAAAGAUGAAGGGACUGCCUGUGGUCACUGCCAGUGGGAGGGAGACACGCCUGAUGCCCAUCUUGGUGGACCAGAUCAGUCCAGGUCUCCCCGAAGAGAAGACCGAGAAGCUGCCUGCGCUGCCAGCAAAGGCGGCAGCACAGCAGCUGCAGCUGUCAUGGCUACCUCGGCAACAGGAUCCACAUCCAGGCUUGGCUUACUUUUGCCAGACCUGGGACCUGGACUCUGCAACCAGCGCGUGGCUGGCCUACCUACAUCGCGAUGUCCAGCAGGAGCUUAUCCACGAGUACGACGACUCGACCCGCAUGGAUCCGGCAAGUAGUGAGGACCAUGUGGACCUGAUCCCAUCGGCUGAGGUCCUCUUAGCGAACGUGCCGCGUGGUGUCUCGGAGCAAGCGCUGACAACACUGCUGGAGCGCUUCGGGACGGUGCAGGCUGCACGAUGCCUCCCGUCGGGUGUGCGGGCCGUGGUGACCAUGAGCAGCAUAGAGGAAGCGACAAUGGCGGUGGAAGAUUUGACUUUCAGAAUACCUGAGGGAUGGCCAGGAAAUCUCCUGGCUUGCUUCCAUCACGACCGCGCUCCGAUGCCUCUAAAUGAAGUUCCUGAGGGUCAAAUGCUCUUCGGUGUUGUCAAGGCAUGGAACCAGCUCAUGUCAGUGGGCGUGAUCUCAUUGCUUGGGAUAGGUCCUGACAUUCAAGUUCCGCUGUCCUCAUUAUCCGACAGCUAUGACCUGACACCAGGCAACGCCGUCCUUUUUCGCGUUGGAGAAGGGCCCGAAGGCGCUGGGCUCGUGGUGAAAAGAUGUCUCGGACAGCCGGACACAGUCCGUCUUCACCGCGCGCGGUGUGCCAGCACAGGCCUCGCAGUGCGCGAGUACGCGCGGAGUCUACAGCAGAGGCUGAAGUUGCUCGGCGAUGGCUCGGCUUUGGCGACUCUGCAGGGUCUGGACGACAUCAACGAGGAGCACCGCAGGCCCCUGCUCGAGCUGCUGCAGAGAGGUAAAGCUCCAGAGACGGAGCUCCGACGCGCUGCAAAGCCUGCCGCACGCCGCAAAGCGAAGGAACUCGCGAAGACGUCCCCCACAGCUUCGACUGCCCCCGCUGAAGGGAAGGUCGCUGCAAAUGCAGAGGCAGUGGCCGACGAGACUAAUUCUCCGGACGAGGACAGUGAUGUUGAGGUGGCAUUGGAUGCCCCGCCGGCAAGGCUCACAGCUGGUGCCGAGACCUGGACCAGCCUGUGUCGAGGUUUUCGGAGCCAAUCGAAGUUUCAAGAGUUCGAGAUGGCGGUUUCAGAUGCCCAGAGCCAGGGCUUGCAGCGGGCCGUGGAAGAGCGGCAGCCUUGCGAAGAGCCUCGCUGGCGCUUUUCGCAGAUGGAGGGAUGGCACCAGGAGCUCUUGGCGGCAGUGACGGGAGGGGCAUCCAGCGCAACUUUCGUGGGGAUUAUGUUGCUUGGCUGGGUCCUCGUGGUGUCAACGAGCCGACCAAGCACUGCCGUGCGGAAGGUGCCCGGAGGGGAGGGUGCCGUGAGGGCCACUUUGCGAGCAGGCUCCAAACUGCUGGAGGACGAUCAUCCGUUCGAAGUACCUUCUGCCACGCUGUGGACCUCACUGCUGGGGCCACUGACUACUCAGCUGGACAUGACAGUGGCAACACUGCGACCGGACUUGGAUCGUGGAGAGGUUAUGGCCAGUGUCUACCCACCAGACUGCGGAGCUCAGUUUCGACGACACCUUGACAAUCCCUGCGAUGACGGGAGACGCAUCUCUGCAGUGUACUAUGUGAACCCAGGCUGGAAAAGGGAGGAUGGCGCUUUGCUUCGAUGCUGGUCUCGCCACGGAGAGGUGGAAGAGAUCCUGCCGAGCGAAGAUACCUUGGUUCUCUUCGAGGCGGACUCCAUCGAACACGAGGUCACGCAAAACUCCAGCACUGGCAUCUUUCCGGAUGGUUAUCGCUGUGCCUUCACUUGCUGGUACUGGGAAGGAAGAGCUCCAAAUGUGGACAGAUCUCAGCCUUGGUUGCCAAUAGCAGCAUGUAGCUGGAAUGCAUCGUUGAGAUGCCCAUUCUGUUGUGCAUCUUCGUCCAGCGGAGGACUCACCAAGACGUGGACGGUCACGAUCGAAUCGGCGGCAACGGAAAUAGAGAUAGUCUUGCAUUCAUCACAAAUAUUCAUUCCUACCAUUGGCCGACCAUAUCACGGAAUCAUCGCAAGAUAA